AUGUCUUUUUUUUUAAGUCUCUCCAAUAAACCUAUUCUGCGGCAAGUUUUAUUUCGUAAAUACAAUAUUAACUUUCAAAAUAUUAACCAACUUCUUAUCUAUCUAUCUAUCUAUAUAUCUAUCUAUCUAUACACACAUAAGUCUAUCCAUUUCUAUCUAUAUCUAUCUAUCUAUCUAUCUAUCUUCCACAGUCUUCUUUCUCCUCCUUAUGUUCUUCUUCUUUCCCCUCCCCUUCUUUUUUUCUUCUUCUUCUUCUUCUUCUUCUUCUUCUUCUUCUUCUUCUUCUUCUUCUUUCCCUCCUCCUCCUCCUCCUUCAAUCUGACCUUGAUCUCUGUUUUGCCUCUGCAUUUCUUCAAUUUACCUAUGGAGUUGGCAGACUUGCCACCCCCCCACAUCCAUAUCACCCAACAUACCCACCCCACCCUUUCCAUUCCCCACACUGAGACACAAAACACGUGCCUCUACCCACACGCCCCUAUAGGUACAAGUAUUGGGUAUUUUCUCUGUUCUCUGGCCCCCCGGGGCCCCCCGGGGAAAGGUCCACUUCUUUCAUUUGUCCUCCUGAUUUUUGCAUUAUAUUCUUUCUUUCUUUCUUUCUUACUUUCUUUCUUUCUUAAUUCCCCUUUCUUACUUUCUUUCUUUCUUUCUUUCUUUCUUUCUUUCUUAAUUCCCCUUUCUUACUUUCUUUCUUUCUUUCUUAAUUCUCAUUUCUUUCUUUCUUUCUUUCUUUCUUUCUUUCUUUCUUUCUUUCUUUCUUUCUUAAUUCCCCUUUCUUACUUUCUUUCUUUCUUUCUUUCUUAA